AUGGGGCCCCAAGACACCAGUCCCUCCCGGAGCAAUCUCCUCGCGGGGACUCUAGUUUGCAUGCGCCCAGCCCAGGCUGGAGAGGAGCGCAGGCUCGGAUCCUGGUUUCGGCUGCUGCCUCCUCUUCCCGAGCACAAGGGUAGCGAGACUAGCUCUCUCGCAUCUCCCUUCUGCGCCGUGCAGUGCUGCUACCGGGUUGCACCUGGAACCGCGACUAACCAAGCGACGCCUCCCAGUUCUCGCGCCCUAGUUGUGGGCGGAAGGAACCGGGCGUCUGGACUACAUUUCCCAGGGAACCUUGCGCCUUCCCUGUCCGGCCGAGACGCAGGGUCUGCACUUCAGGUGCGGUCUGAGGGUGACGGCCGACGGGCCUCGGACUCCUGCUCCCGUGGUGCCCCGCGCGUGGCCGGCCCACCGCCAGCUGCCGCCCGCCCCGCGGCGGCGCUGUUUGUUGUCGGACUCCGCCGGGGCCUGCGCCGGCUCCGCCGCCUGUGGGCUGGCCCGCGCGUUCAGCGAGGCCGGGGCCGGGGCCGGGGCCGGGGCUGGGGCCUGAGCCGAGGCUGCGUGCAGGAGGAAGAGAGCAGUGACGGGGACUCCGACGAGGAGGAGUUUCAGGGUUUUCAUUCAGAUGAAGAAGUGGCUCCCAGUUCCCUGCGCUCUGCACUCCGAUCCCAGCGAGGUCGAGCCCCCAGAGGUCGUGGGCGAAAGCAUAAGACAACCCCCCUUCCUCCUCGACUAGCAGAUGUGGCUCCUGUCCCCGCAAAGACCCCUGCUCGGAAACGGGGUGAGGAGGGCACAGAACGGAUGGUGCAGGCACUGACUGAACUGCUCCGGCGGGCCCAGGCACCCCCAGCCCCCCGGAGUCGGACAUGUGAACCCUCUGCUCCCCGACGGUCUCGGGGACGGCCCCCAGGACGGCCUUCAGGCCCCUGCCGGAAAAAGCAGCAAGCAGUAGUCGUAGCAGAAGCGGCUGUGACAAUCCCUAACCCCGAGCCUCCACCUCCUGUGGUUCCAGUGAGACACCGAACUGGCAGCUGGAAGUGCAAGGAGGGACCAGGUCCGGGACCUGGGACCCCCAGACGUGGAGGACAGCCUGGGAGAGGAGGCCGUGGAGGCAGGGGCAGAGGCCGAGGUGGGAUUCCCCUCAUGAUCAAGUUUGUUUCAAAGGCCAAAAAAAUGAAGUCGGGACAAUUAUCUCUGGAACUAGAAUCAGGUCAGGGUCAAGGUCAACAUGAGGAAAGUUGGCAGGAUGCCUCCCAAAGAAGAGUUGGAGCUGAACAGGAAGCGGACUCUUGUUGGAAGAAGCAGGAGCAGAAACUGGAAGAAGAGGGAGAAGAGGAGGAGGAGGGAGAAGAGGAAGAGGAAGAAGAGGAGGGAAAAGGCAAAGAAGAGGGAGAGAAGGAAGAAGACGAGGAGGAAAAAGCUGUGGCUGAGGAAGAGGUGAUACUGGCCAAGGAGAAGGAAGAGGCAAAGCCACCAUCACCACCCCGGACUCCUCCAGCUCCUUCACCUUCUCCUCCUCUUCCUUCUCUUCCUCCUCCUCCUCCUCUUCUCCCACCCCCUUCAACAUCUCCACCCCCACCAUCCCCUCCACCNNCAGCAUCCCCUCCCCCGCAUCCAGCCCCAGAGAAGCAGGAAGAGUCCCCUCCUAUAGUCCCAGUGACAUGCUCCAGGAAGAGGGGCCGGCCCCCCCUGACUCCCAGCCAGCGGGCAGAGCGGGAAGCUGCUCGGGCAGGGCCAGAGGGCACCUUUUCUCCCACUCCGAAUGCCAGCACCACCACAGGAGGCCCUCUGGAAGAUAGCCCUACUGUGGCCCCCAAAAGUACUACCUUCCUGAAGAAUAUCCGACAAUUUAUUAUGCCUGUAGUGAGUGCCCGCUCCUCCCGUGUCAUCAAGACUCCCCGGCGAUUUAUGGAUGAAGAUCCUCCCAAACCUCCAAAGGUGGAGGUCUCACCUGUUUUUCGACCUCCCGUUGCAACCUCCCCACUUGCUCCCCAGGAAGCAGUGCCAGUCCCCUCUCCACCUCGCGUCCCAACCCCCCCAUCUAUCCCAGUCCCACUUCCUGAGAAGAGACGUUCCAUUCUAAGGGAACCCACAUUUCGUUGGACCUCACUAACCCGGGAGCUGCCACCUCCUCCUCCUGCUCCUCCACCAGCCUCAUCUCCGCCAGCUUCAUCCCCUCCACCUGCCCCUGCCACUCCCUCCCGGAGGCCCUUGCUCCUUCGGGCCCCUCAGUUUACCCCAAGUGAAGCUCACCUGAAGAUCUAUGAAUCGGUGCUUACUCCUCCUCCUCUUGGGGUUCCUGAAGCCCCUGAGCCAGAGCCUCCUCCUGCUGAUGACUCUCCAGCUGAGCCUGAGCCUCGGGCAGUGGGGCGGACCAACCACCUCAGCUUGCCUCGAUUUGCCCCCGUGGUCACCACUCCCGUUAAGGUCGAGGUAUGCCCCCAUGGAGCUCCAUCUUUGAGCAGCGGGCAGCAGCUUCAGACUCAGCUACAGCAGCCCCUGCAGGCCUUGCAGUCCCAGCUCCUGCCCCAGGCACUACCCCCACAGCAGCCACAAGUACACCCACACGUACAGCCACAGUUACAGCUGCAACCAGCUCCAUCAUCACAACACACACCACCUCUGGAAAAGGUCCGUGUUACAAGCAUGGGUUCCCUGCCACUGUCUGGGGUGGAAGAAAAAAUGUUCAGCCUUCUCAAGAGAGCUAAGGUGCAGCUAUUCAAGAUUGACCAGCAGCAGCAGCAGAAAGUGGCAGCUUCAAUGCCGCCAAGCCCUGCAAUACAAAUGGAGGAGUCUGUAGGGACGGUCAAGCAGACCCCAGACAGAGGCUCUGUCAAGUCUGAAGAUGAAUCCGUGGAAGCUAAGAGAGAGCGAGCUUCGGGCCCUGAGUCCCCUGUGCAAGGCCCUCGCAUCAAACAUGUUUGCCGUCAUGCUGCUGUGGCUCUGGGUCAGGCUCGGGCCAUGGUGCCUGAAGAUGUCCCCCGCCUCAGUGCCCUUCCUCUCCGAGACCGGCAAGACCUUGCCACAGAGGAUACAUCGUCAGCAUCUGAGACUGAGAGUGUCCCAUCCCGGUCCCAGCGGGAAAAGGUGGAAUCUGCAGGGCCUGGGGGAGACUUGGAGCCUGCAGGGACUGCGGGGGCCCUGGCCCACACCCCCCGACGCCCACUGCCCUCCCACCACGGCAAGAAGAUGAGAAUGGCUCGUUGUGGGCAUUGUCGGGGUUGCCUGCGUGUGCAGGACUGUGGGUCUUGUGUCAACUGCUUGGACAAACCCAAGUUUGGGGGCCCCAACACCAAGAAGCAGUGCUGUGUAUACCGGAAGUGUGACAAAAUAGAGGCUCGGAAGAUGGAGCGGCUGGCAAAAAAAGGCCGGACGAUAGUGAAGACGCUGUUGCCCUGGGAUUCCGAUGAAUCUCCUGAGGCCUCCCCUGGUCCUCCAGGCGCACGCCGGGGGGCGGGAGCUGGGGGGCCCCGGGAGGAGGUGGGAGCCACCCCCGGGCCCGAGGAGCAGGACUCCCUCCUACUGCAGCGCAAGUCAGCCCGACGCUGCGUCAAACAGCGGCCCUCCUAUGAUGUCUUCGAGGACUCAGACGACUCAGAGCCCGGGGGUCCUCCUGCUCCGAGACGUCGAACCCCCAGAGAACAUGAGCUGCCAAUGCUAGAACCUGAGGAGCAGAGCCGGCCCCGCAAACCCACCCUGCAGCCUGUGUUGCAGCUCAAGGCCCGAAGGCGCCUGGACAAGGAUGCUUUAGCCCCUGGCCCCUUUGCCUCUUUUCCCAAUGGCUGGACUGGAAAACAGAAGUCCCCUGAUGGUGUGCACCGGGUCCGAGUAGAUUUUAAGGAGGAUUGUGACCUUGAGAACGUCUGGCUGAUGGGUGGUCUUAGUGUGCUCACUUCUGUGCCAGGGGGACCACCGAUGGUGUGCCUGCUAUGUGCUAGCAAAGGCCUCCACGAGCUGGUCUUCUGCCAAGUCUGCUGUGACCCUUUCCACCCAUUCUGCUUGGAGGAGACUGAGCGGCCCUUGCCACAGCAUCAUGAUACCUGGUGCUGCCGCCGCUGCAAAUUUUGCCAUGUCUGUGGACGCAAAGGCCGAGGAUCCAAGCACCUUCUGGAGUGUGAACGUUGCCGCCAUGCUUACCACCCAGCCUGCCUGGGUCCCAGCUACCCAACCCGGGCUACUCGUAGACGACACCACUGGAUCUGUUCAGCCUGUGUGCGCUGUAAGAGCUGUGGGGCAACUCCAGGCAAGAACUGGGAUGUCGAGUGGUCUGGAGAUUACAGCCUCUGCCCCAGGUGCACCGAGCUCUAUGAGAAAGGAAACUACUGCCCAAUUUGUACACGCUGCUAUGAAGAUAACGACUAUGAAAGCAAGAUGAUGCAGUGCGCACAGUGUGACCACUGGGUGCAUGCCAAGUGUGAGGGACUCUCAGAUGAAGACUACGAGAUCCUUUCUGGGCUGCCAGACUCAGUGCUGUACACAUGUGGUCCGUGUGCUGGGGCGACACAACCCCGCUGGCGAGAGGCCCUAAGUGGGGCCCUACAGGGGGGCCUGCGCCAGGUGCUCCAGGGCCUGCUGAGCUCCAAGGCUGCGGGCCCACUGCUACUGUGCACCCAGUGUGGGCAGGAUGGGAAACAGCUACACCCAGGACCCUGUGAUUUGCAAGCUGUGGGUCAGCGCUUUGAGGAAGGCCACUACAAAUCUGUGCACAGUUUCAUGGAAGACAUGGUAGGCAUCCUGAUGAGGCACUCAGAAGAAGGAGAGACCCCAGAGCGCCGGGCUGGAGGUCAGAUGAAGGGACUCCUAUUGAAGCUGCUAGAGUCUGCAUUCGGCUGGUUCGAUGCCCGCGACCCCAAGUACUGGCGACGAAGUACCCGGCUACCAAACGGAGUCCUCCCCAAUGCGGUGUUGCCCCCAUCUCUGGACCAUGUCUAUGCUCAGUGGAGACAGCAGGAAUCAGAGACCCCAGAAUCUGGACAGCCUCCAGGAGAUCCCUCAGCAGUUGUCCAGAGCAAGGAUCCAGCUGCUUUCUCACACCUGGAUGAUCCCCGCCAGUGUGCACUCUGUCUCAAAUAUGGGGAUGCUGACUCCAAGGAGGCAGGGCGGCUCCUGUACAUUGGGCAGAAUGAGUGGACACAUGUCAAUUGUGCCAUUUGGUCCGCUGAAGUGUUUGAGGAGAAUGAUGGCUCCCUCAAGAAUGUUCAUGCUGCUGUAGCACGAGGGAGACAGAUGCGCUGUGAGCUCUGCUUGAAGCCCGGAGCCACAGUGGGCUGCUGCCUGUCCUCGUGCCUCAGCAACUUCCACUUCAUGUGUGCCCGGGCCAGCUACUGCAUCUUCCAGGAUGACAAGAAGGUUUUCUGCCAGAAACACACAGACCUCCUAGAUGGCAAGGAGAUUGUGACCCCUGAUGGUUUUGAUGUUCUCCGCCGAGUCUAUGUGGACUUUGAGGGUAUCAACUUCAAGCGAAAGUUCUUGACUGGGCUUGAACCUGAUGUCAUCAAUGUACUAAUAGGCUCAAUCAGAAUCGACUCCCUGGGCACCCUGUCUGAUCUCUCAGACUGUGAGGGUCGGCUCUUCCCCAUUGGCUAUCAGUGCUCCCGUCUAUACUGGAGCACAGUAGAUGCUCGGAGGCGCUGCUGGUAUCGGUGCCGAAUUCUAGAGUAUCGUCCGUGGGGACCAAGGGAGGAGCCGGUUCACCUGGAGGCUGCAGAGGAGAACCAGACCAUUGUGCAUAGCCCCACCCAUUCUUCAGAGCCCCUUAAUCAUGAGGACCUGCCAGAUACAAAUUCUCUGAUCCCUGGAGCUCCUGAAAACUACUCGCCCAUUCAGAAUCUGGAACCCCUGCUUCGGCCAGAUUCAAGCAGUGCUCCUCCUCUUACUCCCCGCUCCUUUUCAGGGGCUCGAAUCAAAGUGCCCAACUACUCGCCAUCUCGGAGGCCCUUAGGGGGUGUCUCCUUUGGCCCCCUGCCCUCCCCCGGAAGUCCAUCUUCUCUGACGCACCACAUCCCUACAGUGGGAGACCCGGACUUCCCAGCUCCCCCCAGGCGCUCCCGGCGUCCUAGCCCCUUGACCCCUAGACCGCCACCAUCACGGCGGGCCUCCUCUCCUCUCAGAACUUCCCCUCAGCUCAGGGUGCCCCUGUCUACCUCAGUCACAGCCCUCACACCUACCUCAGGGGAGCUGGCUCCCCAUGGCCUGGCCCCAUCUCCUCUACCACCCCCUGAAGACCUGGGCCCAGACUUUGAAGACAUGGAGGUGGUGUCAGGACUGAGUGCUGCUGACCUGGACUUUGCAGCCAGCCUGCUGGGGACUGAACCCUUCCAAGAAGAGAUUGUGGCUGCAGGGGCAGUGGGGAACAGUCAGGGGGGCCCAGGAGACAGCUCAGAGGAGGAGGCCAGUCCUACUACCCACUACGUCCACUUCCCUGUGACGGUGGUGUCUGGCCCUGCCCUGGCCCCAAGUCCCCUCUCUGGAGUACCCCGAAUUGAGCAGCUGGAUGGAGUGGAUGAUGGCACCGACAGUGAGGCUGAGGCUGUGCAGCAACCCCGGGGACAGGGGACUCCUCCUUCAGGACCAGUUGUGGGCCGAGGUGGGGUCCUCGGUGCUGCAGGAGACAGAGCCCGACCUCCUGAAGACCUGCCUUCAGAAAUUGUGGAUUUUGUGUUGAAGAACCUAGGGGGUCCCGGGGAGGGAGCUGCUGGUCCCAGAGAGGAGUCACUUCCUAUAGCACCUCCCUUGGCCAAUGGCAGCCAGCCCUCCCAAGGCCUGCCCCCUAGCCCAGCUGACCCCACACGGACAUUUGCCUGGCUCCCUGGGGCUCCAGGGGUCCGGGUGUUGAGCCUGGGCCCUGCUCCUGAGCCCCCUAAGCCUGCUACAUCCAAGAUCAUCCUUGUCAAUAAGUUGGGGCAAGUAUUUGUGAAGAUGGCUGGGGAAGGUGAUCCUGUCCCACCUCCAGUAAAGCAGCCACCUCUACCCCCUAUCAUUCCUCCCACAACCCCCACUUCCUGGACUCUGCCCCCAGGACCCCUGCUCAGUGUAUUGCCAGUGGUAGGGGUAGGAGUGGUUCGCCCUGCCCCACCUCCACCUCCGCCCCCACUCACUCUGGUGUUCAGCAGUGGGCCACCCAGCCCACCUCGCCAGGCCAUCCGUGUCAAGAGAGUGUCCACUUUCUCUGGUCGUUCUCCGGCUCCUCCCCCAAACAAAGCCCCCCGGCUGGAUGAAGAUGGAGAGUCCUUGGAGGAUACCCCUCAAAUUCCAGGGAUCAGUGGCAGUGGGUUUAGUCGCGUGCGCAUGAAAACACCCACAGUACGUGGUAUGAUGGACCUGGACAAUCCUGGGGAACCCCCUGGGGAGGAAAGCCCAGGGCCUUUCCAGGACCGGUACCCUUUACUGCCACUUCCAGAAGGUCCUCCCCGGUCUGCUGAUGGCCCCUCAGACCUGCUGCUUGAGUCCCAGUGGCAUCACUAUUCAGGUGAGGCCUCGAGCUCUGAGGAGGAGCCCCCAUCCCCAGAGGACAAAGAAAACCAGGCUCCAAAACGAGCUGGCCCACACUUACGCUUUGAGAUCAGCAGUGAGGAUGGCUUCAGUGUGGAGGCUGAGAGCUUGGAGGGGGCCUGGAGAACUCUGAUUGAGAAAGUGCAAGAGGCCCGAGGGCAUGCACGGCUCAGGCAUCUCUCCUUUAGUGGAAUGAGUGGGGCCAGGCUCCUGGGCAUCCACCACGAUGCUGUCAUUUUCCUGGCAGAGCAGCUGCCUGGGGCCCAGCGCUGCCAACACUAUAAGUUCCGCUACCACCAGCAGGGAGAGGGCCAGGAAGAGCCGCCUCUGAAUCCCCAUGGGGCUGCCCGUGCUGAGGUCUAUCUCCGGAAGUGUACCUUUGACAUGUUCAACUUCCUGGCCUCCCAGCACCGGGUGCUUCCUGAGGGGGCCACCUGUGAUGAAGAAGAGGAUGAGGUACAGCUUAGGUCUACCAGACGUGCCACCAGUCUGGAGCUGCCCAUGGCCAUGCGCUUUCGCCACCUCAAAAAGACAUCCAAAGAGGCUGUGGGUGUCUACAGAUCAGCCAUCCAUGGGCGAGGCCUGUUCUGUAAACGUAACAUCGAUGCUGGUGAGAUGGUCAUUGAAUACUCUGGCAUUGUCAUUCGCUCUGUGCUGACUGACAAGCGGGAGAAAUUCUAUGAUGGAAAGGGUAUUGGGUGCUACAUGUUCCGCAUGGAUGACUUUGAUGUGGUGGAUGCCACGAUGCACGGCAAUGCUGCCCGCUUCAUCAACCACUCAUGUGAGCCCAACUGCUUCUCUCGUGUCAUCCACGUGGAAGGCCAGAAACACAUUGUCAUCUUUGCCCUUCGGCGCAUCCUGCGAGGUGAGGAGCUCACCUAUGACUACAAAUUUCCCAUCGAGGAUGCCAGCAACAAGCUGCCCUGCAACUGUGGCGCCAAGCGCUGCCGUCGCUUCCUUAACUGAGGCCGUGGCUGCCCCAGACUCCUCAUAUGCCCACCACCAUCUCACCCUGGCCUGUGACUCCCUAGUCUCUCAAAGUGUCUCACUCCCACCCUCCUGUUCAUGGUGGAUGUGGGCAUGUAGUGGGGCAAGGGCCCUGCCUCCACCCCUCCAGCCCAUCCAGCAAUUGCCCCCUUCCUGUCCCGGGGACCCAGGAUGUAGAUAUUGUAUAAAAGUUUCUAAAUCCCUUCUUUUCUAUGCACUUUUUUAUUUAAGAGGGUGGGGUUCCAGGUGGGAAUCCCCCCACAAUAAAGUCUGUCAAUGUUUGGAGA